AAAACCUCAAGGCAAACAUCACCCAUACUUUUCCCCAUUACUAGUCUGUUUCUAAACUUGUCCGAUUUAAUUAUUGUCAUGUCUGAUCAAAUUGCUCCAGUUGAUCCAAAUGUCGAUCCUUAUGGAUACUUGGGCAUUAUUCCUAACACUGAUGGCUCUAUCACACGUUCGCAAAUUCCAACUCGUCCAUUUUCCACCACUAUUAUUGAUAAUGAUUCCUCUAUCGUAUACAUGAAAGAUCUUGUUAUUAACCCCACUAAAGGCACAAUGGCUCGUAUUAUCAUCCCUCGUGAGGUACUAAACUCGGAAAAUAAACUUCCUCUUGUAGUAUAUUUUCAUGGUGGAGGAUUUGUAAUGGCAAUUACGGUAGACACACCAAUCUUACAAAAGUUUUGUGCAACACUCGCAGCCAAAAUUCCUGCAAUAAUUGUAUCGGUCGAUUAUCGAUACGCCCCUGAAAAUCGACUCCCAGCAGCGUACGAUGAUUGCAUGGAAUCGUUGCAUUGGAUCAAAAAUACCCCUAAUGAGUUGUUGAAAACAUAUGCCGAUUUUUCAAAGUGUUUUCUAUUGGGCACUAGUUCUGGUGGCAACAUAGCGUACCACGUAGGACUACGUGUAGCUGGAGUUAGUGAAUACCUUAAGCCUUUAGAAAUCAAAGGGUUGAUUUUAUAUCAUAGUCUUUUUGGCGGGAAUGAAAGGACAAAAUUGGAAUUAAGAUUAGCUCGCGAUAAGAUGUUGCCCCUUAAUGUGAGUGACAUAAUGUGGGAGCUAGGGUUGCCUAUUGGUAGUGAUCACGAUCAUCCAUAUUGUAAUCCAAUGGUGGAGAUUCUAUCAAAUGAAGAUUUGUUUGAUCAAGUGAAAACACAAGGUUGGAAGAUUUUGAUGAUUGACUGUGAUGGUAAUCCUUUGAUCGAUCGACAAAUUGAGGUUUCGAAGAUGUUGAAGGAAAAAGGGGUGCAAGUUGUGGAUUGUUUUAGUGAAGGAGGGUUUCAUGGCUGUGAGUAUUUUGAUGGCAUGAAGUUAAAGGAAUUGACCCUUGUUGUAAAGGAGUUUCUGAGAGCUUGAUGAAAGCAUUUGUGGCAAGUGAUCUUUUAUUUGAUGAAAUAUUUGUAACAAUUAUGAAAAUAAAAGUCCACUUUUAGAGCUAUAAGUUGUGAA